UUGAGGAUUGAGCAGGGUCAAGAGUUUGCAUCAUUUUAUUUCUCGCCACCUAUUUUCGUUGAAUGCGUCCAGACUACAGCGCGACUUCGUGUGUUUAUUAGACUCGAAUUAAUUUUCAACUUUAGGCUUACCAUGGGCUUUGGUAGGGGCGGAGGAGGUCGAAAAUUUGGUGGUAGAGGUUCUGGAGGUCGUGGAGGUUAUAGAGGAGGAUUCGAUCAAGGACCCCCAUCAGAGGUUACAGGAUUUCUCAACGUUCUUUCGUGUAUGGACAAGGAAUUUUCAGAACUGGCAGUUUUUUCUCACACUUGUGAGGACGAUAUUGUUUGUGAAGUUACUGCUGGAAAAAUACCAUAUUUUAAUGCUCCUGUGUACUUUGAAAACAAAGAGCAGAUCGGGAAGGUCGAUGAAAUUUUUGGUGGAAUCAAAGAUACGGGUAUUUCAGUAAAACUCGCUACUGAUGUAAAAGCAUCUUCAUUUAAAGAAGGUCAGAAAUUGUUUAUUGAUCCCGGUAAACUGUUACCAGUCGAGCGUUUCCUUCCUGGAGCGGCCGGUGGUCGAGGUCGAGGACGGGGAGGUGGUGCGAACCGUGGAAACCGGGGUUGCUUUUGA